GAAGGAACCGACCGAAUUAGAUCUCCGGCGCAGGGAAGCAAAAGAGAUCGCACGGCGGGGCGGCCAGAAUCGCGUGCCGGCUUCAGUUCGCUUCCCUCCCUUCGCACUCCAGGCACAAACGACCUCUUGUCUUCUUCCCCCUGCGCCACCCUCACCGAUCCCCCGCCUCCCAGCCCUGCCUCCCAUGGAGACGGAGGGCGGGCCCACCCUCCAGCCUUUGCUGUGCCUCGCGUGGCUCGCCGCCACGCUCCCCAUCGUCGCCGCCGCGCUGCCGAUCCCCGCGGCUGCCGGCGGCCGCCUCGUGCACGGCCUCCUCUCCGCCUUCUCCGCCCGCGGGAAGACCGUGAAGCCGUCUUCCUCCGCCGCGUCCUCCUCCUCCUCCUCCUCUAAGGCGGUAAAAUCGGCGAAGUUCACUGUUCCACAAAAGUACUUUUUGCAUUUCUAUGUGGUGGGAGUGACGGUGACAACAAGCUUGCUGCUUGUAAUAUGCUUCUAUGCAUAUAUGAAAAUGACACCAUUGUUGCCAGAGCCAUCGAGUUACUCCACAAUUGCUAGCCAUCUUGUUGGGUCAAAUUCGUUUUCUAUUGGCAGUGUCAGAUCUCGCACCAUGGAACACAAGUAUCGUGUCUGGCGGACUGUAUUUGUACUUCUAUUGAUGGAAAUUCAGGUGCUGAGACGACUAUAUGAGACUGAACAUGUGUUCCACUACAGCCCUUCAGCUCGGAUGCACAUUGUAGGAUACCUGACGGGUCUAUUCUAUUACACGGCUGCACCUAUAUCUCUUGCUAGCUCUUGUCUUCCUGAAGCAACAGAUUAUCUUCAAGGUCAAAUAGCUGAGUUCAUAGUGAAAGGUCGUGCAAGAACACCAGACCUAGUCAUUGAUUAUUCGUCUCUCCUAAAGCCUCUUUUAAAGUUGGGGUGGUGCCAAUGGAUAGGUGCUGUGAUAUUCAUUUGGGGAUCCCUCCAUCAGAUCCGUUGCCAUGCAAUUCUUGGAUCCUUGCGUGAACACAAAGAUUCUGAUGAAUAUGUUAUUCCUUGCGGUGACUGGUUUAGUCGUGUGUCUUGCCCUCACUACCUCGCUGAACUAGUCAUAUAUUUGGGCGUGCUGAUAGCUAGUGGUGGAUCAGACAUUUCAGUCUGGUUCCUGUUCAUUUUUGUGAUAACUAAUCUGUCUUUCGCAGCAGUACAAACUCAUAGAUGGUACCUUCAAAAGUUUGAAGACUACCCUCGUUCUCGCUAUGCUAUCAUUCCAUUUGUAUUGUAGCAUCUACAAGCAUUCCUGGCGUGCAGUAGCAAACACCAAACAUACUUGUGUGUUCUGCCCAAAAUGCGCAACCCAGCAUGUAAAAGAUAUUCAUGUAAAUGUGACAGGAUGGAAGUUAAAAUGGUGUGUUGUGUAAGUAAUUGGGCCACUAUGAAUAUUAUACUUACAAGUGUUGUAUUUCCAAUUUUAAACUGUUAUACACACUAACAUAGUUGGAUCUUUGACCUACAA